AUGUUAGUGCUUAGACAGCGUGCGCCUGUGGGCGCGCGGCGUGCGUGUGGUGCCUGGAGCAUUUGCUGGUCGCCGAGCUUGUCUCGGACUUGGUCUCCGGGCUGGGAGGCUCGGGCCUUCGCCGGCCGUGCCUCCAAGACGAAAGAGGCGCAGGCUGCAGUGAAGCAAGAAGCUAAAGCAGACGAGGCGCCAAGUGCAGAAGCCACAUCGCCACCCAAGGAGGCUGGCAGCGGUGGCCCCGGACAGGGCGUGCCCAAGGCGUUGCUGGUGCUGCCCCUCUUCAGGAAGCCGGCCUUCCCCAAUUUCAAGCAGGUCUUGCAGGUGCGGGAGCCGGAGGUGAUAGAAAUCCUGAAGAACGUGCGGAGCAAGGGCCAGGGCGAGUACAUUACCGGAUUCCUGGCCAAAGAGCACGCAGGAAUGGAGACCUCCGCGACCACCGGAGGCGACAAUUCCUCGGUCCUGCGGCGGGAUGCCGGCCGUAUAGCUAGCGCAUCUCUGCUGGAAGACGUGGGUACCGUGCUUCAGGUACUGGAUCUGACCACCUAUGGAUCCAAUCAGGGUGGGCAAAUCACCGUGAUGCCCCGAUACCGGGUCCGGCGUGUAGGCACGCUUUCACAGCCGAGCCCCCAUGUGGCCUUGCCGGCAGUUCACCUGGAAGCAAUUCCUGCAGUGCAGGAGUUCGAAGACAAGCAGGCGCAGCAGCAGGCUCUUCUGGAGCUGAUCGCGCAGAUGAAGAAGCUCUUGACAGCUUCGCCUUUGCACCGGGAGCAGCACGACCAGGUGGUGCAGCACUUCGACAUGGAAGAUCCGGUGCAAGUUGCUGACCUCGCGGCUGGGAUCUCUUCGGGAGACCGGAAAGCUUUGCAGGAUGUCCUUGAGGAGCAAGACGCAAAGAUCAAGAUGGAGAAGGUGCGCAGCGUCUUAGAAGCCGACCUCAGCACUGCGAAGCUCCAGUCGGAGGUCAAGAGCAAAGUGGAGGAGAAGGUGGCCAAGGAGCAGAAGACAAAGAUCCUCUGGGAGCAGAUGCGUCAGAUCCAGAAGGAGCUGGGCAUCGAGAAGGAUGAGAAGCAGACGCUGACCAAUCAGUUCCGGGAUGCCAUCCAAUCCAAGGAGGUGCCAGAAGACGUGCAGAAGGUCAUCGACGCAGAGCUGGCGAAGCUGAAUUCUUUGGAACCCUCGUCUUCGGAGUUCAAUGUCUGCCGCACCUACUUGGAGUGGCUAACUUGCCUUCCGUGGGGUGUAAUCACUACCGAAAACCGUGACAUCAAACAUGCCGAAACAGUCCUGGAUGAGGACCACUAUGGCUUGGAGGAUGUGAAGGAGCGGAUUCUGGAGCACAUCGCCGUGAGCUUCCUGAAGGACUCGACCCAAGGCAAGAUCAUGUGUCUGGUCGGCCCGCCGGGGGUGGGCAAGACCUCGGUGGGCAAAAGCGUUGCGAGGGCUUUGGGGCGCAAGUUCUAUCGAUUUUCAGUUGGCGGAAUGCACGAUGUGGCGGAGAUCCGCGGGCAUCGCCGAACGUAUGUGGGUGCAAUGCCGGGCAAGCUGAUCCAGUGCCUCAAGAGCGUGGCAUGCUCCAAUCCGGUGGUGCUCAUCGAUGAGAUUGAUAAGCUUGGCCGAGACAUGCGGGGUGAUCCGUCCUCGGCGCUACUGGAAGUGUUGGACCCGGAGCAGAACAACAGCUUCCGCGACCACUAUCUCGAUGUGCCGGUGGAUCUCUCCAACAUCCUCUUCCUGAGCACGGCGAAUGUCCUCGAGACGAUCCCAACGCCACUCUUAGAUCGGAUGGAAGUGAUUCGAAUUGCCGGCUACGUGUUUGAGGAGAAGCUUGUGAUUGCCAACAAGUACUUGAUCCCCCAGACGGAGGAGCAGAGCGGCGUCGGUACGGAGCGGAUCCAAAUGCAGGAGGAUGCUCUCCACAAGAUGAUCAAGGACUAUGCCCGUGAGGCUGGUGUGCGCAACUUGCGACAGCUGCUGGAAAAGGUCAGCCGCAAGGUGGCGCUUGACCUCGUAAGGCAGCAGAAGGCGAACCCCUCCAACGAGCAGGGCCCUGCCGUCAUCGACACGGAGAACCUGACCCGAUACAUUGGACAGCCGCUACACAUGUCGGACAAGCUCUACUCGUCGGGCACACCGCCUGGGGUGGUUAUGGGCCUGGCGUGGACAGCCAAUGGGGGUGCCACGUUGUACGUAGAAGCCCGGGGUCGUUUGCCCGACGGGAGGGUGCAAGGGGGUAUGGCUUCCCUGACGCAACGACAGGAGGAGGAGAGCCGAGCCAGCACGGAGCAGCCACAGAACGGUGCGGGAAAGGGCCACAUGCAGGUCACCGGACAGCUGGGCACUGUGAUGAGCGAGUCCAGCUCAAUCUCCUUGACGUACGCCCGGCUCUUCAUGCGGGAGUUGGACUCCAACAACAAAUUCUUGGACACUGCCAGCAUUCACCUUCAUGUCCCUGAGGGCGCCACGCCGAAGGAUGGCCCCUCGGCAGGGGUGACGAUGACUAGUGCCCUCGUCAGCACCGCCUUCGAUGUCCCACUGUUGGAUGACAUCGCCAUGACAGGCGAGUUGACGUUGAUGGGCAAGGUUCUCAAAGUCGGUGGCAUCAAGGAGAAGGUGAUCGCAGCACGUCGUGAAGGGGUGAAGACUCUCCUCCUUCCACGGCAGAACGAGGCUGACUUCAUGGAGCUCAAAGAAUACCUCCGUGCUGGCAUGACAGCCCAUUUCGUCGACCACUACGACGACGUGUACAAGCUGGCUUUCGACCAGACCAAGGUGCCCCCUUUGUCGGCACCUUCGAGGGGCCUGCCCGUGAUCACGGUUGUCACUCCUGAAGAAGUGGUGGCUGAGAAGGUCAGCCAGAUCCGCUGUCCCAGCAGCCUCUGCCAACAGGAGCUACCCGUCGGGCCAGCAUCACGACCGCCCAUCCCAUUUCCGUGUGUGGCCGCCGGAAUGCUGUGUCAAGAGGAAGAGGAGCGGUGCUUCUUCUUGGACGGCAAGUCUCAAAACCCAAAGCAUCAUGAGAAACGGUCGAAAUAUGUCCAUGCCUCGAAGAACCGAAGCAAUGAGAUGUUUGCUGGUUUGCACAGUCAAAUCGCGCGCCGUUGGCAGACUGUGCAAGAGCUCGUCCUCGAAGACAUUCGCAUCCAGGAGGAUGUGGCUGAUGCUUGCAAAGAGAUUUGGAACCGGUUCAUUGCAUCUCAGUCAAGCCGCGACGCAGCGGGGGAAGCCAUCUACUCCGCCGUGUUUGAUGCUGCUCCCAGCCUUCAGGGGCUCUUCAAGACGCCAAGGUCUGUGAUGGCUAUGCGAUUUAUGAAUGGCUUGACCAGCAUCAUCAAUAUCUGCCACAAUCCAUCUGGGCUGAGGGCGCAGGUUGAAGCCCUGGGUUUUCAGCAUCUCGACCUUGAGGUGACGGCCCCUCGGGUCGCAAUUUUCCGGGAAGCCAUCGUCGAUCUCCUUGAGAUGGAGCUGCCGAAUGGACUCCCCUCUAAAGCACGGGUUGGCUUACAGGCGCUCCUGAACUACUCAGGGGGCGCGUACAUUUACAUUCGCCGCGAGUACUCCGCUCGCAUCAAAAUCAUCCAGCGCAGCUGGAGGGUCGCAAACAACAAGGCCUCCGAAGAGGAGCAGGCAGAGGAAGCCGGCGCAGCCACUGCCGUAGUGGCGGACAACGAAGAUCUGCUGCAGAAGUCGGCCGAGGAGAAGACUCAGCGUGCUGCUUCAAAGGAUUCCACCAAAGACAGCGAAGGUGCUCCGUCGCGCCGGGACUCUAAGAACGAGGCCAUGAGCACAGUGAAAACCACGGCCACCGAACUCAAGGUUCCCACAACUUUUAACGAGAUGUUCCUGUUCAAUGCUGCCGUGAUGGGUUUCGGCCAAAGCACCUGGAUGCACCUCGUGCUAGACCAGUUUGACGACAUUGUGAGCAAUGUGGCGAAUUCAUACCGCCUGCAGGAGGAGUGCGACGUGCUGUCUCUCGUUUUAGCACAGCAUCCGGGCUCCAUUCGCCUCUCCGAGUUCAAAGCCGUCAUGCUGGCAUCUUUGAGGUCCCUUGUGCCCAAGGAGUGGGACUCCAACCACGAGGUCGCGUGGAACUGGCUCUGGGAGAACGUGGAGCGAAUGCUUCGAUCUCACAUCGGCAAGCCUCAGGCUCACGAGGAGGCGCUGGGCCGUUUCAUCCUGAGCCUCUCGGAGACUUCGAUUCUCUUCUUGCGCCAGGAGCUCUACCGAAGGUUCUUCGCUGUUGCCCCGGCCGGGCAGGACCAUUUCAAACAGUCCACCACAAGGCUAUAUUUCAUUGCCGACAAGAUCAUCGAGAUGACCGUGGAAAUCUUCCGAACUCCGCGGCAGAUGGUCGUCGACAUCUCCGCCCUUGGUCUCCGCCACGUCGGCUACGAAGUGCCCACAGAGCUGUUUGCACCCUUCGUCUCUGCAGCAGUUGAUGUCGUGCGGGGGAUGACAACGGACGAUGUGGCCGAAGCAGCCUUCCGCUGGUCACUCACGCUGGUCUCGAAGAUCUUGGUCCGAACGGUCUUGGAAGGCUCCACGAUUGUAAUGAGGGCCAUCAACACCAACCAGGAGAAGGCGCUGCGCAAGGCGAUCGCCGUGGCGCCGCGCGGGCGGAGGGCCACUGAGCUGCUGGAGAUCCGGGUGGGCACCCAGUCCAUCUCUCCUCUCUUCUGGGCCAUCGAGAGUGGGAGCCUGAACUGUGGAAAGGCCAUGAUCCAGGACCUGCUAACGAUCCGUGCGGACCGCGACAACUACUACUAUGGCUGCGAUGAUCUCUUCAACCGCCAUCCAAACAUCAUUCAGAAGCUUUGUGCCGAGGCUCCAACCAUGCUUCAGCCCCUCCUGGAUGGACUCGUUUGGCGCUCGCGUAUCACUUUCCAAGGAAGGCGGCGUGUGAACUACUACCUCAAGCACUUGGUGCAGAAUGAGGACGGCCGCUUCAAUCAGGCCCUCGAGUGGCUCGCAGAUUUCAAAGACCCGAAGAUCAUCAGCCACUCCGUCGUGGCGCUUUUCGCAGACAUUGUCUGGAACCGACUGGCCAUGUAUUACUUCCUGCUCACGAGACUCUACUUCUUGCUGACCCUCGUUGUCUUUGCCACCAGCCAGGCCAUCUUGGGCAGCAGCGAUGCGUCGACCCACACCAAGGAGGAGAACAUUGCCAUCUUUGCAUGCCGCUGUUUUAUCUACGUUGGCAGCAUGUGUCAGAUGUUCAUCCGCGAGACUCGCCUCUUCGUGAACGACUGGCGACAUGGAUCCUGGGAGAGGCUCUUCAAUAAGAUCCCUAUCCCAGAGUUCCUUUGCAGUGGCCAAGAAGUCGGCAACAUGCUUCUGCUCUGGAUGUUGAUAUUCAUGUGCAUCCAGGAGCCUAUCUGGUGGUGCAUCCCUGACACCUAUGGAGACUACCCCGGGUCGGGGCUUUUCAACACAGCCUGUGCUGCGGGCGAGCAACACAAAGAGGUUUACGCAGCAUUCUCUUGUGCAGCCAUGCUGCUGUAUUGUUUACUGAUCCUGGAUCUCAGUAUCGUCUCCAUGCGGAUUUCUGCUUUCGUCCUGGUUUGUGGACGGGUCAUCGCCGAGGUGGGACUUUUCUUGAUGGCCGCCGUUUUCCUCAUCCUGGCUUUUGCUUUGGGCAUUAGCGCCCUCGACAGGCAGAGCCCGAGCUUUGAAGGCAUCGGGAAUGCAGCCUUCUCCCUCUUCGCCAUGACGCUGGGGCUUUAUCCCAGCGAAAACCUAGGGGAGCUCAAGGACACUGUAGGGGUGCUGAUCACGGUGUCCGUGUUCACCAUCCUGAUAGCGAUCUUCUUGCUGAACCUCCUCGUCGCCCAGCUGAACCAGGCCUACCAGCUCAUCUUCCCGGACAUGCAGGGCUAUGCACGCCUGAACCGAGCUUCGGUGAUAGUGUCCACCGUGGAUCAAGUGUCGCAGAGAAGAUGGUCCCGAUUCUUGGAGAGCCUGAACUUGGAUGAGCGACUGGAGUUUAACGAGGGCGACGUGGGGCUUGCAGGUGGCAUCCAGGUCAUGGAGCCCUCUUGGGCGAACCCAACGACGGUAGACUCCAUCCGUCGGUUUGGUGGCUCGACGUCGACUACCAUGCCCUGGCCAGAGGAUGAGAAGAUGUACAGCGAAGAGGACCGCUUUGAGCGCUUGGAGAAGCUGAUGAUCAGAGCCACGAAGGGCUCCAAGAAGAGGGGCAAUCGCCUAAGUGCUGUUAGUAGCGGCGGCGCUUCCAACAGCAGCGGCAAGUCGUGCGGCUCCAGCUCAAGCUCUGACCAUCUCACUGAUGAAGGGCCCUAG